UGAUGCUUUGUUGCGCUGAAUUGAAUUGCACGCCUUCAUUCGAUUGGACAAUAACAUACGCAAAGCGUUAACAACGUUUAGUAAGCAUCGGCUAAUAGAGAACGAGCUCACAAACGUCAUCAUAUAUUUGUCCUAGCCCAAGUAGGAGUAUGAAAUUAGGGAAUACCUCCUAAGCUGGUAUUUUUCAUUAUACAACGUGAACAACUGCAGAAGAAUUGUACUUCAUGCAAAGACCGAAACCAACUAACGGCAAAGAUGCUCUGAACUGUCUGGUAACGGUUUACUCCAGGAAAUAACGUUGAAUCUCGCAAAACGUCAGCAGCGCGAUCUCGCUCUGCUGUUGAGGUUACUAUGGAAACUGGCGCUGAAAAUCAGAGAAGAACCUUCAUGUUCAACAUUUGGUAAUUAAUGGUGGAGCUGCCCCUGGGCUCCGGGUGGUGUUUUAGCUCCAUGUAGCGCCAUCCACGGGUCCGAAGUAAACAUGGAAGUGCUAUACAAUUGAAAAAAAUGAGGAAAAACAGAAAAUCCAGAGGAAAACCACAGUAACAGAGACGUUAUGGUUGACACAGAGGAGAUCCAAGUGAGUUUUCCUAAUGAACAUUCUGGUGAGGAUCCGGAAAAAAAUGCCUCAGAAGUUCAAGAUGAGAUAAACAGAGGAGACACUCAAAACAACUGCAUGAGGAGACUGGGAUCCAUGUGGCAAGCCAUUGUGAUUGCUGUUUUGAUGGUGCUUGUUUGUGGUGUGACCGGCAUUCUCUUUAUUCAGAUAAAUAAAAACCAAAGUGUGACAGCAGGAUUUCAGUACACGGCAGAGGAGGUAUUCACUAUGUGGAACAUCACCAAGCAGUUGCAAAUAGAAAACAGUGAGCUGAAGCAACUUCUGAACUGCACUGGAAACCUCACCCUUCUGAGAAGUGAAUAUGGCCAGCUGGAACUUUUCAUGAAUGCCACUCUGUACAACUUGACUUUGAUGUCAGCUGAAAAAACACAGCUGAGCAUGCUAUUGAAGAAUACAAUGCAAGAAAAAACACAUUUGCAAGUGAGAAACAAAGAGCUGAACAUGCUUCUAAAAUCAACCAUGGAAAACUACAGCCUUGUGGAAGAAGAGAAGAGACAACUGAACCUGCGUCUGAACAAAUCACUGCACAACAUCACUAUGGAAACUGCAGAAAACAAACGCCUGCACCAGCUGUUAAUCAAUGAACAGCAAACCUCCAUGCAGCUAGAAGCAGAAAAUCAAAAACAGCGUUCAAUCCUGUUCUCUAACCAUCUGACUUUCCUCUGGGGAUUCUGCAACAAAAGCACACUGCACUGUUCACGCUGCCUGCCAGGCUGGGUCGAGCACGCCUCACGCUGCUUCUUCCUGUCCUCAGUAGCAGAGAAGUGGGAAGUUGCUCGCCAGUUGUGCAUUAGCAUGGGUGGUGACCUGGCUAUUGUUUUGAAUGCUGAAGACCAGGCAUUCUUGACCAACAUGACUUUUCAGUAUGUACAGGCACACCCUCAAGAAGACUUCCAUUCAGCGUGGAUCGGGUUGCAGGACAUGGUGAAGGAGGGCACCCAUUUAUGGAUCAAUGGCAAAACUAUCAAGUGGGAUGUCAUUUACUGGAAGGAAUCAGAGCCAAACAAUGCCGUUCCCGACUGGGACACCGACUUGUCAGGACAGGACUGUGUUGCCAUUGUGCCACCGAAAGGCAUUGGAGGGAAGGACUGGUUAAACUCCUGGGAUGACAUUGUUUGUGUUGGCAAACGGCACUACCUGUGUGAGACCAUGGCUCUCGGGCCUGAGUGACAGAGCUGGGAUGUGGUAGUCUACUUUCAGUCCCAGUCUCCUGAUGUGUGCUGGACUACAAUGUCUUCUCCCAAAAUGUGAUCUAUUACUGAAUGUAUUCUGCGAUAUAAAAGAUGAGCGUCAUUGUUGGGAUAUUAAUGUUGACUCAGUAUUCAACUCUGGUUUUUAAACUGCUCUUUAUGGUGUUUAAGUAGUCUUAAAAACACAGUACUUGAAAACCAGCUUGCUUUUCCGAUGCUGCUAAAAAAUAUUUGGUAAGAGGCCACAAUACAUGUGGCUUCACACAACCAUUUAAAAAAAUAUUCCUGACCAUUCAGAGUUUGGCAACAGUGGUAUGGUGGUGGCCAAGUGCAAUACACACUUUUCCCCACACAAUACUAUUUCCCUACAUAAUACUACACGAUACUAUUUCAUUAAUUGAAAGAAUCUUCAUGAAAAUUAGAUCAUAAAUGGUCCUCAAAACACAGCCAAAAUAUAGUAGCUGUUGUGCAAGAAUGUUCUUAUUAAUAUCACAAUAUUACAUUGAAAAGGGGAUUCCCUGUUGGAGGGAGAAAACAACGCAAGAUUAAGGGGCAUCAUAAGGGGUACUAGGCAUGUCCUGGUAUGCCCUUGUAUCCACCUCAGAACUGCCAAUAUGUCAGAACACAACACCCUCCUCUGCAUUUACUCAGGGCCAACUCCAGCAAUUUACUAAAACACCUGCACUGUGAGUCAAUGUCAUCUGUUAAAGAUGUGGAGGAAAAGCAGAAGCUAAAUCUGGCCCUGAUCACCUAAAUAAUAGCUGAAAAUUAACAGCAAAAGCACAUUUUGGGGUAACACUGGUGCAAUUAAUUACAAAAAUAUUUGAUUAGAUACAUUUCUAUCAAUGUGCCUCCAUUGAAUUUUGUGGUCUGAAAUGUGUGGUCUGCAGUCCUUGUGUACAGUUUAUGUCUUGGAGAAACUCUAUGGGUGUGUUUUGUACACAGAAUUGAUUUUUUGCUAUUAAACUGACCA